UUCCUCCUACUUUCCCGUCAUGCACCGCGCUGUUAUGGGAUUUUGAAUCUUUUUUUUAAUCAGCGCCUAUGUAUGCGAAUAUAUAUUGUUUAUGUAAGCAGCAUAUAUUCAGAACGGUUUGUAAAUAAAUAUUUGGAAAAACAAAGACUAGUCGCUGAAAGGUUUACCCUUGCUUCUCGUAACUACGAAGUGUGACGUGUACGCGCGAGACUAAAAGCUAAUAGCUCAUACAAACUUUACUGUAUUUCUGUUGAACAUGGAGAGGCAUAGCUUCGGAAACGAAAGGCUCAUAGUGCCUACCGACUUCACUGCUCCGAUUUCUCUUAUCUAGGCAGUAUUCAGAGAGAUCUUGUUCCUCCGUCACAUUUUGUAUCGACUGUCCAACCUGCUGGAGCACCCAGAGCCCCAGGGGGGACUCCACCACCACCAACAUCCUGGAUAAACUCAGUACCCACAUCAGCGCCAUCUGGAGAUCCCCGCCCUGCCAGUCCAUGGCUUGCCAUUACUCUGGCACAACAGGAAAUCUUGAAACUAAAAAAAGAAAAUCAGAGGAUCAUGAUGCUACAAGGGAAUAUUAUGAGAGAAAAGACAAAUGAAAACCACUUGCCAGCAUUUCAGACGAGAUCUGCAGGGGGGAACGAGGAGCGGUCCAGAUGGGAGUCAGAGUGGUGGCUGGAUGCAGAGAGGCUGAGGGCCGAGGGUGAAAGGCUGAAGGGUCAGGUAGACGCCCUAAAGGAGACAGCAGCAAAAUACAGAGAAGAAACAAGAGACAAAGAUAUGAGUCUGAGCAGAAAGAACCAUGAACUGGAAGUGAUGCGUGAAGAACUAUCCAAGGCUAAGAUUGAGCUCAGCCAAGUCAGAGAGAGGCUGAGUCUCAGCAGCGCGCAGGAGAACAAAAUGAGCUUACAGCUUGAAAAACUGAAAAAGGAGUCUGACGAGGGGAUAACAAAGCUGAGGAGAGAUGAAGAAAGAAGUAAGGAGGAAAUCAAGGAGAUUUCUCUCAAGGCUGAAAGGAGCAGGCUGGAGGCUGAAGAGCAGACCAAACAACAGACUCUCCGACUGUUGGGCCAGCUGGAAGAAAUGAAGAAGAAACACGAUGUAGAGAUGCAACAGUUGAAUGCAUCCCACUGUGCAGAGUUGUGUGCAUCUAAGAAAUUAAAUGGUGAAUUACAGGACAGACUCGACUCGAUGACUUCCGAAGCUCUGCAGCUGAAACGUGCUCUGACGGAGGCAUCUUCUGAGAGAGACAAGCUGAAAGAACAUUUAAGCCAAAUGGGACAAGCUUUUGAGACACAAUCUGCAACACUUCACAGCCUCAGAAAUUACAUCGGACAGCUCGCUCCUGACAACGGAGAGAAGGAACAACUGAAUGAGACUGUGGAGAGACUUGUCAAAGAAAAAGCAUCUCUGCAGACAACCACUGAGCUUUUAACAGUGAGGCUUAACUCUGUGAAUGAGAUACUGGCCCUCCAAGAAGAGAAAAUUGCUAAAAAGCAGAACUCAACAGAUCCACUUGUGAAGAAUGGAUCAGAGGUUCUUCAAGUUCUUCAGCUAUGGAGACAGAAAGUGUUCAAGCUGUGCGUCCAGCUUCGCUCGAAGGACGUUGAAAUAAGAAGGGAGAAAGACAAACAUCUUUCAGAAUUCAGCUCUACAGAGCAGCAGCUCCAGCAGGAGCAGCACCGCGCCAGCGUGCUCCAGCACAGUCUGCACGACAGGAUAGCUGAGCUUGACUUGGAGAGAGUAGAAAAGGAGACAUUAAAACAGACCUUGGCAACAGUUCAUAAAGACAACGCUGAGCUGAAGGCAUUGAACCAGAGAGCAGAGGUUGAUAUUAAAACGUUGACAUCAGCCUUGUGGAGUUUCCAUCAGAAAUUUGAAAACAAGCUGACAGAAAUGGAUGCAGCUAAAGCAAGACUCAACAGCUGUUCCCAGAGGCUUUCUUUUGCUAAAAUCAGAGUGGAGAUGGUACAAGGUUUAGUCAUGAGGAGAGCAGCUCUGCAGAAAAUUAAACACGCUUCUAAACAAACAGCACAGGAUAAGGAAGGCAUCAGAAAUCUCCAGAUGGAACUCAGUUUGGUGCGUGAAGAGAGAGACAAACUCACUCUGGAGCUCAAAAGAACCCCAGAGCUCAUUGAGAAGGCUCUGGCUGAUCUGAAAGAACAAUAUGAGAGUAAAGUCAGGCAGCAGCAGCAGGAGCUGGAGCACAGCUGCAUGGAGCUCAAGCUGGCUGCAGCCAGUAGAGUGGAGGCUGAGCAGAGUUUGCUGCAGAUCCAAGCCCAGCUGGAGGAGAGCAGCGCCAGCCUGGAGAGGCUCCGUUGUGAACUGCUUCGCCAGCAAGAGCAAAGCGAACGUGUCCUGCAGGAGCGAGUGUCUGAGAUCGAGGAGCGGUGUGCUGAGAAGCUGAGAGAGAUGGAGGUUCAAGUCAGUUCUGCCAGGAGAGAGCACACCAAAGCAGUUAUGACUCUGCGGCAGUUUCAGAGAGAGGUGGCAAAUGAACGGGACGAGAUGAGAGAAUCUCGACAUUUGGGGAGUAAAAGCACAAAACAGGACGUGUUUAAUAAUCAACUGAAGGAGACUGAGAGGAACAAACACCCUCUCCCUUUCCAGAUCACGAUCCCCGAUCGGCUGAUGGAAACGUUUAGACUGAGUCACGCAGCAGCACCACAAACCUCCACGUCUCCCAGGAGUCUGCAGGAUCCCUCAGAGAUGAAGAACUCUGUGGAAACAGAAAUGUCUCUUCCUACAGAGAGACUAAUGUGUGUUCUGGAGGAGCUCCACACACUCAGCGCUGCAGUGAUGAACAGCUCAGAGGACUCUGCAGAGGAAGACGGACAGACACCUAAUACCUGAGCCACGAGUCACUCAAAACCGACUGAAUGCACAUUUCAGUUUCACUAAAACGCCUGUAAAUAUUUACUGUUGGUGUUUUUUAUUCCAAUCAGAAGCUGUUGUUCUGUUUCAAACUGAGCAACUUAUAAUAAAGUAUUUUAAUUAAACUAA